CCACACAAAAAAAUCCUGAACGAGCUUAUAUAUCCACUGAGCAAUAAAUUCAGCCAGCCGACAGGCCCAACAGGCAAUUGCCUAUAAAUGGCUUUCCAGCAUAGCUCGACACCAGCACUCUUCCAUCCCAUCCCAACUCACUUGUUGUACUGUUAAUUUCUCUUCACCAAGAAAAUGGGCAAAUCAAGCAUUGCCAUUUUGUUAUGCUCUCUGCUGGUGCUUUUUCUGCUAGGACAAAACCAGGCUCUUAAAACACCAAUCUCAGCUUCACAGCCACAACGACAGGGCAACCAUGCAAUGUAUGGGGCCACUCAAGGCAGUCUUCGUCCUCAGGAAUGUGCACCAAGGUGCACCACCAGGUGCUCAGCCACAGCAUACAAGAAGCCAUGCUUGUUCUUCUGCCAAAAGUGCUGUGCAAAGUGCUUGUGUGUGCCUCCCGGCACGUAUGGGAACAAACAGUCUUGCCCUUGCUACAACAACUGGAAGACCAAGAGAGGAGGGCCCAAAUGCCCUUGAAAAUUCAUGUUUCUACUGGACCGUCCCCUUCCAGCAGCUGCUUAGUUUAUUAGUAAUCGCUAUAUAUGUAACCAGUCAGCAAGUCAUUUCCCUUUUUACCAUAUACCCUAUUAACAUGCACCUCUUAUUAUAUGUCAUCGUUAUAUUU